UUAAUGGAAUUAUUACAAAGUUUUCUUGAUACUGAUAAGAGUACGCUCAAGCGGAGCAGAUAAAAUAAAUAUUAUUAUCAUUGUGGAGACCUUUGAGCUUGACGUGCGUUCUCGUCAAUCCUGUUGUGGUUUUAUUUAUAUGCAUAAAACAAUGUUAAAAUGAGUGCGAGGAGAAAUCAAAAAGUGUUAGAAGUCGUAACCGGCUGGGAAGCAGUGGAACUUAUUUUCAAGUGUUUAAUACUAGGUGUUUGGCAAGUUGUUAAAAUAACAGUGAAGAGGUUAUGGAAAGGACACCGCAGAAAAUUACCGAAAGACUUUCCGCCGGUGGAACUCACUGAAGAUUCAUCAGUGGGAACACACUGUUUUAUAAAAAUAAUGGGUGUUAAAUAUCAUUACAUACAGAGUGGUCCGAAGUCAGGCCCUAUAGUUCUCAUACUAAGUGAUGCUCCAGAGACUGAAGACUUGUGGGGUCCAACAUGGUCUAGAGUGGUGAAACGUUUAAUUGAGAACGGCCACCAUGUAGUAACUCUAGACCUGAGAGGCACAGGAGGCAGCGAAGGUGGAGGCAGGAGUGAACUGUCCCCACCAAGGGCCGUUGAAGAGCUGUCCACAUUGAUAGAGGCUUUGGGGGUGUCUGAGAAGAGACAAGCGGUUGUGAUAGGCUUUGGAGUUGGAGGUAUGCUCGCUUGGUAUCUUGCACACUGCCACAGCUCCCUCAUCAGCAAGCUGGCUGUAAUAGGCGCGCCGCACCCGAAUCUCUACUGGCAAUACCCUCCUGCCCCCUUCUGCGAACAAGCUCUGUACUUCACCCAGUGGCCGUACUUCCCGGAGCGGUGGUUAGCGGAGGGCGAGCUGAGAGGUAGCGAAGAAGGACGCUGGGCCAGCUCGCGUGCCUGCGAUUGGACAGGACCACUCAACUACGUCAGAGGCGCUGCUUGGUGGCGGAUCAGAAAGAACCACCGCAUAUCGCAGCCAACGUUACUGGUGGGCGCUAAAGACAGCGCCCCCCAGUUAGUUUCCAGCGCACAUUACUGCAGCAAUUCCACCUUCAAGAUGAUCAACAAACCUCACCCUUCGGACAUAGAGUUGCCUGCCGCUGUAUUAGACUUCCUUAUAUGUCCGGCAGAAGAGAAGGCCCCCGAAGAAAUAGUUCCCCGCGGCUUAGUGGGUCGGAUGCUGGGCGUAGUCGCCGGCCGCGGACGAGACCUCACCGCGAGACUAGUUCUACCGACUCAAGCGUAGAAAUAUCAUACUAUAUAUCUUCGCGUAUGGGCUCGACCACUACUUAUUAUUGGGGAGAAUGGAGUUAGUUAUAGCAACAACUCUUUGAAGCCCUAAACUUUGAUUUUAGGGGUGUCUUUUAGAGAUUGAAUUAAAAAAUACAAAGCAUGAAAGCUGCUGGUUAAAGUAAUAAAAGGUUGAAAGCUUUUUUUUACCUACAUUUUUACACCUAUUGACUGCAGAGCACUAUCAUCACUAAUGCUAUAAGUAUACCGAUCUAAUUAAAAGUCUUUUCUAAUUAAUUCAAAUAUAAAAGCAUCGAUCACAUUGAACGAGUUUGCUUAUUCUUAACUCAUGGAAUGAGCUUCUUGCCCAUGAAAACUAAGCUUUACUGUCAUUGGCCGGAUUGUAUUGUAGUCGUUACUGCGACCAAUAACAACAAAUUGCAAAUUCUUGUAUGACGCAGUUUUCCGUCCUUGGCUUUUGUAAGCGAUCGUGUGAUAAAUAAAGAAAGCGCUACACUAACUUAUUUUCAUGAACAGCUUCUAACUGGCAAAUUAAUUUACUUCUAAAUAUAAUGCUAUUCAGACUUUAUGACGGUUGUGAAGUUAGCAACGAGCACGUGUAGUUUAUCUGGCACAUUAUUUGUGAAUACGCUCUUUGGAGCUUUAUCAGCAAAUGGCGAAACAGGCCCUUAUUAUGCCGGCACUUCGCUUGGCUAUUCGUAUUUGCUAUUUGUAAACUUAAUAACAGUUUGUUCUUAUCAUCUUUAUAUAUAUAAUUCUUCUGUGAGUGUGUAUGUCACUGAACUUCUCUUAAACGACUGGACCGAUUUUGAUGAAAUUUUUUGUGUGUGUUCAAGGGGAUCUGAGAAUGGUUUAGAUUCACAAUUUUGUCCGCUGGACAACCCCUAUUUUUUUAGGGCGGUACGAAGUUCGCUGGGUCAGCUAGUCUAUAUAUAUAAAAAUCAAUUGCUGUUCGUUAGUCUCGCUAAAACUCGAGAACGGCUGAACGGAUUUAUGUUAUCUUGGUCUUGAAAUGUUCGUGGACGUCUAGGGAAGGUUUAAAAUGUGAGAAAACUAAUUAUAUAAAUAAAUUCUUUGUUUAUAAUACAAGCCUGAGAACAAAAACUAUAGUCUACUUGCACUACAGCUCUACACCGAAGCGAAGCGAGGGCGGGCCACUGUGUUUUAUAAAGAACAGACUGAUGUCAAGUUUACAAAUAGCAAACACGAAUAGCCAAGUUAAGUGUUGGAAUUACAUUGUAACUCGCCCAGUGUAAACACAAUCAUAUUAGCUAACUAGUAGAUUGUAAAUAAUCUACGAGAAAAGUUGAAUGGGCGACUUAACUCGCUACUUACAGACUAGUGGACUUGUUAGAUAAAUAAACUAACAUUGUGUCAUCAUAGUUCUUGUGAGCUGCGAGUACCUCAUUAUUUAGUUUAAAUCUACAAAAUUUCGAUGGCAUUCGUUCAAAAGCGAAUUGAGAAAUAGAUCGCUAUAUGAACUGCGCACUAGCUUUAAAAUCGCUGGCAAGUAGUAAGUAAUCUCGCUCAACGUAAUCGAAGCUUUAAAUAAAAGAUGGUUGUGUUUAAGAGUGUAGUAAUAGUCAUGUGCCUAUAGGAUUCAAUCUCCAGUAAACUCUGGAAUGAGGGGCGCCAGGUGGCAGCACUGAGACGAAAGGUCUACUCAUCCGUCAAAUCACAUAUAUGGACGUCAAUAUAAAAGCUCGCUCGAUUUAUUCGCGCCAAAAACUUAAUACAUAAGACCUCUUGUCACAAUGGCGCUAAAUGGUGGCUUAAUUUUUACUAAACACCCUCAUCACACUAAUAUUAUAAAGGCGAAAGUUUGUGAGUGUGUAUGUUUGUUACUUCUUCACGUCUAAACGGCUGGAGCGAUUUUAAUAAAAUUUGGUAUGGAGUUAGCUGGCAUCCUGGAUUAACACAUAGUCUACUUUUUACUGCGGGAAAAUAUCUCUAAAAACCGCGGAUAACACCGCGUGCCACAGCUAGUUAGAUCAUAAGAGAAACUGUACCUAUUACCUAGAAACGACAUAGAGAAAACGCCGAGACGACGAGAAUAAGCCUGUCUUUUAUUGGAGAUUUAUUGAACUAGCCUUCAAUAGUACAGUCAAAAAUUGUUAACCGACAGAGUCAAAUUUAACCGAAGAGGCACUGAAAGCCAUUUUCGUAGCACAAAUGUAUCCCCACUGAUAUCACCUUGAAUGUAAGAUUAAUGGUUUAGUAACAGUUAUAAAACGACAAUACUGGUGUCAAUUCUGGCAUGAUUCUCUAAACUUAAAACUAAAUUUAACAUCAGUCUCUCCUUUUCAUUCAGUAUAGAGAAUGCCAAGGAUGCCAAAUUUAAGUUUAGGUAUAGAGAAUCAUGCCAGAAUCGACACCACUGUGUCGGUUUGUCGUUGGCGCUGUUUUAAUCGCUGGAGGCUGCUAUGUAUAGAAAGUGUUAUUAAUUACGUCCAUAACUUUGCAUUCAGGUGGAAUAGCAUUUAUUUUUAAUUCAAAAUAUUGAAUUAUCUCCUAUUGAUUUUCAGAAAUAAUUCUAAAAGGAUUUGUUUUGUUUUUUAUUAUAAAAAUACCUUUUGAUGAAGUAACGAUUAAUAGAUAUCAUUUUAUUGUUCUUUCGUUCCUUUUUGUUAGAAAUGUUACCAGUUUACAAAGUUAUCUUAGUUUGUAUAAAAAUAUAUUUUUACUAUUAUGUCAACAAGAUAAAGCCAAUUGCGAUGUAAUAAGUAAGUCAACUGUUUCAUAAUUUUAUUGAAAGACUGCUAUAAAAUACUUUGUAACGCAAAGUUCAAGAUUCUCUGUCGAAGAUGAAAGUUAAAAGAAUUAUUAUUUAUAUCCGAUAUUAUUGUAAUUUAUUAUUAUUUUCUAUUUGCAUGUAAUAUGGUUAUUAUCUCAUAAGUUUAUUAUAGCAAUAAGGAUAUAUUUUAAAUAAUUAUUAAUUUAUAUUUUUAUAUAAUGAUUUUAUAAUACAAUUCCAAAAGGUUACUUUUUAUAAAUAAAACUAAAUCAACAAGUGCAAACGCUUCUUUUAAUAUGCAAUAUGCCCACAAAAAGCUAACCAUUUAUAAAUUUUCACUAUCAAUAUAUUAUAUUCACAAAAUGUCAAUAGAUUUCAAAAUCAUCUACAAACGGUCUACAGUAAAGAUGCGCAUUAGAACUGCGCAAAUCAAAGGAAGAUAUUUAUUUUUAUCACAUUAAAUAGUUUAUCUACUUAUAGUCUCUACAUUAGGUCUAAAGUCGCAUUGAGAUUGAGAUGAAAAAACACGUCCACUCAAAAAGAACUGAUACGUUCUCUCUCUUCUGAAGAAUGAAAGAGAUAGUAUAUAUUUUUUAAACAUCAAAACUGAGGCCAAUAUUCGUAAUACACUGUUUACUAUGCAUUAUAUGUUUAUGGAUUAAUCGAUCUUUAAUGCAAAGUUAAGUAGUUCUAAGGGCCAUUUGCACCAACAUUCUUAGCAAAGUUAAGUAGUUUUAAGGGUCAUUUGCACCAACAUUCUUAAAUCAAAUUUAAGCUUAAGACAUCACUCUUUGUCAGCUGUUUGAAGGCAGUAGAGAUAGAAUGAUGUUUAAACAUUAUUAUGCAAUCAAAAUACAUUUAAGAAUAAGCGACACAUUUUCUUUAAUAAAAUGAUACAUUUAAUAAAUUUAUUUUUCAUCAAAGUUCAAUGCAACGUCAGACUAAAGCAAUUUAAAUAUUAGUCAUACCAUUCCAUUAAACCUCUAUUUGUCUUCUAUUUAGUUAAACAAGAGCUUAACAUUCCAAUUCAAAUAAUAAACCGAUUAAAAAUUCACAAAAAUGAUGAUACGGUUAAAUUUGAAUGUAAGUAGUAAUAACAUUGCCACUUGAAACAAAAAUAUUAUUCCAUUAAUAAUAAUCAAAUUAAAAUUUACACUUGAAUUUUGAUCAAUUUUAAAUGAGAGAAAAGCAAAAACACAACGAAGAGUCAGAAAAGUCAUCGAAAGAAAAAAUCAAGUGCACUUUUCUCCUAACUAUAAUGUCAAAAUGGAAUCUGGCAGAAUCAUUAUGAAGACUAGAAGUAAGGCGGUUUUACAUUUUGUAAAGAUCAGUCGAGUUCAGACACAAUACUAUAGAAGAAUGUCGAAAGCACAUAAACCUUACAACAAGAAGGUUGAACAAUAUGUUAUUCAUAAUUUACUAAGAUAUAUGUAACAUACAGUGUAUUUCAUAAACAACGUGUAAAAGAAAUAACGCAAUCCUUGAAAGUAGUUUGGUUGGAAUUGGCUUCUGAAUAGAUUACGAUAAAAAAAUAUCUAAAAAGAAUUGAGAAAAAAUACCAUUAAUUAUUAAUAAACAAAAGAAUAUGAUACAUAAUGCAAGGCGAUAAGCACUAUUUUUAACGCAACGUUACAAGAAACAAUUUGACUAACAUUGAAAUAAAUGGAAAUUACUAGAACUGAAUCAAUUUGUAUAUUUUUGUAACAAACUACCUACUUUCAGGGUGUACGUUAUUUCUGAAAGACGUUGCAUAUUUUGGAACGAGACAUAAAUCAUCAUAAUUCUUUAUGGCAUGAACAUAUUACCCGAGUAAAAAUAGAUUUGGCACAUUAUUAUCAGUUCCUUUAGUUUCACAAGACAAAAUUCUUAAGCCUUCAGUAGUUUCACAAGACAAAAUUCCUAAGCCUUCAGAAGCAAAGACUCGCGAGAAACUUAAAAAUAAAUAACUACAAAAUACUAUAUCACAACUUAGCGGCUAAAAUUAUACAACUUAAGUAAUGGCACUAAUUUAGUGUAAGUAUUCGUUCACGACGUAUGGUGAUACAUAUUUUACAAAAUAACAAAAGUCCGUUAGAUCUCAUACUCAUAUUCGACUUGAGUUAAGAAAAAAAAUAAAACUCCUACUAAAACAAAAAUUAAGUAAUAUUCACGAUAAUAUGUAUCAUCAAAACGUGAACCUAUAUAUCCAAUAUACAACAUGGCAAUGCCACAAAUAAAAUUUAUAAAUGCAUUGAAGCGCCAAUCGUUACAGUCCCAUUAUUCACUAACGAUCGUAAAUGGUUCCGAAUUAGAUUAUGAAUAAAUUUUAUAUUCUGGGUCAGACCGCAAUUUCUAAGGAAAAUUCGCGUCAUGUGCUCCUUCUGCGUAUAUUUCCAGAUCAAAAUCAUAAUUAUUGUCACCGGUUCAUAUUGUUAGAACACGUACAUAGAUAAGAAAAAGAAGGGCAAAUAAUAGAAAUCGCAGCUGUAUCCGAUUACCGAUCGUUGUAAAUAAAAGGAUGAGAAACAGUAAGAUGUGAUAAAGCGUAGGAGGCUUUCACAACUUUCCGUUUCUAUUACAACAAAUACAUCUACACUCAUUGAAAGCAGCAGUGCUAUUCUGUAAGAACAAACUUCAUAACUCUUCACAGAAUCCGCGUAGUGAUUUGAAAUUAAAAUACGAUUUUUCAAAUAAAUUUCAAAUCAGACCGGCGAAUUCCACGGUGAAAAGUAAGUAUAUCCUUACAGAAUAUCACUGUAGUAGUAGCUCCACACGACACACUAGCUAGACCGUAGUCUCCCCUCGGUUCUCCACAUCAGAAAUGGCCUCGCUCACACAACUGUCACUGUCAGGUUUCAGGGUGACGUCACUGUUCACUGUCACAUCCAAGCCCACUUCCUUCCGGUGCGUUCUGUCCUUGUCCCUACUAGUUAUCUGCGUGUACAACUCGUCGAGAUCACUCGCGAACGAUACCGGACUACUGUCCCUAUUCACUUCGGGACAACUUAUCGCCGGAGUCGGCACGUAUUUGCCUAACUUCGGAUUGCUCUUUAUCGUUUUACGCCACCCGGGGUCAAAGUUCACGUACUGACUCUCGGUGGUUGAUACGUCUUCGUUGCUGAAACUGAUUUCGUUCGGACACAUGGAAGACGGCGACGGAGCGUACAGCCCGUGGCUGCGUAUACUCACUUCGGACAUCUGAUAGUUGGGGCAGUAAAUGUCGCUUUCGUUUUCGAAACCUUGCUCGCUAGCAUUCGUACUGCAAGUCUCGAAGUCGUACGUAUUUUUCGCCAUGAAGAACGCGUCUUUGUCCUCGUCCAAUUUCUCUUUAGAGCCGGCGAUAUCGUGAUCAGGAUUCUGUAAUAGAUUGUCCAUCUCUCCUAAACCAACGUCCCCGAGAUUCUGGGGCGUGCUAGAUCGAUUUAUCUCCUCGCUAUUCAUUGUGCAUUCCUCGGAAAUAUCCUGCAAAGACUUGUCUAUGGUGUCUUUGCUUUCUUGAUUUUUAUUCGGUUGUAAGUAAUCUAUGUAUUGGCCGAAGCUCUCUGUGUCUGUGAUCUCGUUUGUAGAACAUAAGGCACUGUGCGUCUCCUGGAAAGAUGUCAUUUCGGAAUGCGUGUUCAAGGUUUGAUCGGAGCAAGUGUGGGGCAUUUCCGACGCGGAACUGUAUUCUAAACUGCAUUGUUGUGAUAUCGUACGCAUUUCUGGCUGUUCCGCGUGACUUUGCAGGCAUUCUUCGGAAACGCUACUCCUUUGCCCGUUAAAAGUUUUUGGCACAUUAGCUUUAACAAUCUGGUGUUGUGGCACCUGCGUCUCGGGGACGUUUGUGUAAAUAUUCAUUACUUGUGCUCUACCAGUCUUAGGAUCGUCAGUUUUGUUCCACGACUUCCUGUCCAUGGAAUAGUUCUUGUAGUCUUUAGAAUCUUCUUCGAGUAAAUUGGGAUUUAGAACGUUACGAGUCUCCUUGAUUCCAUUAUUAGAUCUUUCCACAUGCAAGUUGGUAUUAUUCACUUUUGAACCUGCAUUUAUGAUGUUUGCUACGCCACUGUAAGCCUCUUUAGUCGGUAAUGGUAAGGAUAUAUGCGAGUCGUUGUCAAAGUCUCGUCUUGUAGGUAACUCGAGACAAUUUCUUUUCAUGUUCUGUCGCUGUUUUUUAAAGAAUUUUUUGGCGACGUUCAUUUGGUUGGGGUUGUAAAAUAUUUCGGGGCCCAUGGUGGCGCUGUCGGGGUACGUCAUCAUGGAAUUGUUAGAUCGAUACUGCUGUCUGUGCAACACUACCAGGUUGAUGUUAGGUGUUUUCCCAUUAGUAUUUUUCAACAUGUCCUUUUGCAAAGUUUGCCCGUUCAAUUCGGCACCACAUUUAUAAGUGCCGCUGUUGUUGGUCUUAGAGUUGGUUCUAUUGGAGCUUCUACUGCCAGAUCGCGAUCUGUUAUCAUUAGGUAUGCCGUUAACGACAGGCCCAGUGGUGGCCUGAUUCGAGGGUAAAUUCUGUUGAUUUGCAUCAAAUACACUCCUGUUUCUGCAACACUGUUUACUCUUUUGCAAAUAACAGUGCAUCAUGGACCAUUGGGCUCUGACGUCACUUCUCGCUAUGCCGUAGAAGAACAGUAUGAAAGUGCCCAAAACCGUAGCGCACACAGCGUAAAUAAUACUGCAAAUGUCUUCCUGAUACGGUAAAUAUUCAGGUAAAGGUCUGUAAACGGCUAUGGCUCCACAGGACCAGACUGACAUGUACAAGCAAAGAACGAUGACUUGAGCUCUCAGUUGUAUAAUGGGGGUAUGUUCGACAUCUUCAAUUUCAGAAUCCACAGUGGACUUGAGACUGCGUCUCUCGUUGCCAUCUGCAGUCUGAUUCGGUUCCCACAUUUCUAGAUCAACGUUUUCCGUCGCUUGAGUACCUUCCGAUAGUUGGACGUUCAUAUUCCUUAUAGUGCACCUAAUCAGCAGGAACAGCACCAAUAGAAACAUUAAAAGGAUACCCCCCGGAACGAAUAGAGCGCUCAAAGCUGGUGCAGUGCUCAGAAAACAUUGCGAAUAACCUGCAUAAUCUUUUAAAUUCACGGCUCCUGAAAUCCCGCAAAUAAUCAAAGCUAUUCCCCAUCCUACUAAAUACAAGCCCAAUAUAGGCUUCUGAACUGGAACGUCGGGUGGAAUUUCAUCGUCGGGCGUUCUAACUGGAUUGUGAGUCUUUGUCACCCAUUUGUACAUAUUGCUAGCGGAAACACACAUCCAUAAUAAGCACGAAAGAGAUAGAUAGUGAAUCAGGAGUCCUAGUAUCUGGCAGAGUUUCACGUCCUCCGUUUGGUAUAUGCCUAAGGUGUAUAGGAAGCAGAGGAGACCUAUGGCUAUCCAGGUAUUUAUUAGGGCAUGUUUGCUUUUCUUGGCCAUUUGUAUGGCUGGGUAACACAUUAUGUAUGUAAGAGUGGCGCAACUCACGCAUCCGAUGAGUAUGAGACUGCCGACGUAGACCGCCGGGUGAGAAACUUUG